AUUUUAGAAUGGGGUGCCUCCGGAUUGUCCAUAAUUUUAAAGGGUGCCUCGGGACUGUCCAUAAUUUUAAAAGGUGCCUCGGGACUGUCCAUAAUUUUAAAAGGUGCCUCGGGACUGUCCAUAAUUUUAAAGGGUGCCUCGGGACUGUCCAUAAUUUUAAAGGGUGCCUCAAGGCUGUCCAUAAUUAUAAAGGGUGCCUCAAGGCUGCUGUCCAUAAUUUUAAAGGGUGCCUCAAGGCUGUCCAUAAUUUUAAAGGGUGCCUCAAGGCUGUCCAUAAUUUUAAAGGGUGCCUCGGGACUGUCCAU